GCUUCAGGCCCGGUCUAUACCCAUACUACGUCGCUGGAUAAUCUCGGCACAAACACUACGUAUAUAAUCAACAACCCCAGUAUACCUGUACCUAGCGCUUGACUCUCCGACACCAUGUUCAACGCCCCGCGGCCUGCGCAGCGCUACGCCUCCGGCACGGGGCCGGGCAACUUCGGCGGUUCGUUCGUAGACACAAACCCCCUCGCGGCGAGCACAUACGACGGACUCGACCCCUGGAGCGCGGCACCAAGUCCGUCGCCGCCCCCAGGGCCCGCGCCGACCUCGGUGUUCGGUGCGGUCAUAGCGGACGCGACGGUACCGAGUAUAUACAGCAAGGCGCUCGUGGCGGUCGAUCCGGGUAACUCGGGCGAGACGAGUGUCAGUUCACUCUCGAGGGUGUUAGGCACCAGCGGCCUCGGCGCGUCCACGAUCGACAAGAUAGUGAGCUUGGUGAGCUCAAAGCCGAGGGUAUCCAAGCUCGAGUUUUUCGUCGCGCUUGCGCUGGUCGGGCUGGCGCAGUCAGGCGGAGACAUCAGCAUCGAACAAGUCGCCGCCCUUGCUGCCCAGAACGCCCUCCCAGAGCCCUCGCUCGACCUCUCUGCACUACCUCCAUCCUCAUCCACCAUCGAAUUCCGUAGCUCCCCUCCAGCCGUGCCACCUACCUUUGCCCCUGAUGACCCAUGGAGCGCCCCGUCGCGCAUUCCCGGCAGGGCGGGUGCGCAUCCCGGGAUCAAUGGGAUUGAGAACGGCGUGAGCGGAGGUCCAUCCACGGUCAGCGGAACCGGCAUGCCGCCGAACUGGUGGCGUCGCCAGGAUACGGCGAGCGUGAAUCUGCUGGGACAGCAAGGCUUCUUGCUGAGGCGUUAUAUGGUAUAUGAGGUCACGACCGAGAAAGGACCCCCGGUACCCCGACGAUAUUCGGAGUUUGUGUACCUGUGGGACUGUCUCGUCCGCCGAUACCCGUUCCGACUGCUGCCUGCUCUGCCGCCGAAGCGGCUGGGACCGGAUGAGAGCUUUAUAGAGCAACGACGCCGUGGCCUCGCACGAUUCCUGAACUUUGUGAUGAACCACCCGAUAAUCAAGGAUGACGGCAUAUUGGCGGUGUUCCUGACGGAGGCGUCGCUAGAAACGUGGCGCAAACAUGCUUCCGUCUCGUUAGAGGAGGAAGCGUAUAGCAAGCGCUUGGACCGCGUGGAAGAGAUGUCCAUACCCAGCGAUCUGGAGGAGAAGCUUGCGGUCGUCCGCGGGAAGCUGAACGCGCAGAUUGAGAACUGGCAAAAGAUUUGCAUACUCGCCGAGCGAAUGAUCAAGCGACGUGAAGGAGCAGCGUCGGAUGUCGCUCGUAUGACUAACACACUGAAGGCUCUCGUGGAAGUGAACGCGCCUUGUUGGCGGGGCGACGUCUGCGAGCUAUGCUCAGGCGUGAACUCGGGUAUUAGUCAUGUGGCGUCGCAUUGCCAGAGACAUGCAGAUUUCUUGGAGGGGAGAUCUCGUAACUUGCUUUACUCGACACUGGAAUCGCUCAAGAGCGAGCGAGACCUGUAUAUCGCCAUGCGGGAUCUCUUCAUACGACGCGACAAGCAAUCUGGAGACCAAGUUGAGAAGCUGAAGAAACGCGUUGAGACGAGCUCGAGCAAGCUCAAUGACGUCAAGGAGACGCAGAAGGAUGGAUGGCAAGAUGAAGCAGAGAAGCUUUCCAUCGCGAUCGAGAAGGACAAGGCUGCGAUCCAGCUGCAACUGCACCGGAGGGUGUUUAUACGUGCAUGCAUAUGGCACGAACUCCGCGUGGUGCUGCACAACCGCGAGAACACUCUACUGACUCAGGCCGUGCAGCUGUUCACUAAGGAGGAGAGCGAAUUCUCCAACGAAGUGGCAGCUAAUUGGAGCAACCUCAGGGAGGCCGUGCAAGAUAUGCCCUACGAAUGAACGUGAUUGGCCUGAUUAUGGAACCUGGAUGGAUCGCCAAGUGAUGGCUUCCGCUGUUGUUGUGUAGAUUCUGUCGGACAAUGCAUGGGCGCGAGUCUGUUGCCAUCGCACGCUACUAGUACUAUCUGUACUCAUCGUCUGUGUCGAGGAGCUCCAACAGGUCGACUUCGACGACGC